AUGGAGAGGCUUGACUGCACGGAACGAAAGCUGCUUAAACGGCUACUUGGCUACUUUUGGCCUAGUUUAUGCCCCAGUGAAGAUCUUUACGCAGAAAUUGAUGUGGUAUACCGGCGGAUGACACAUAGAAGACAUCAACAUCUUGCACCACCACCGAAAGUGGCUAAAGUAAAUCGUCUUUGCUUCUUUGGUCAUAUAUUCAGGAGACCGGCAGAUCGCCUUGUCCAACGAGUUCUGAAGAGUUCGUCGGGUUCGAGCUGGAAGAAGCCACCUGGCCGAAAACGGAAGUUCUGGACUGAGGUGGUGAAAGAGAACCUGAGGAUACUCGACGUGGAUAGGCUGUUCAGGCGAGACGUAAGGUUUCGCAGAAUAUGGAAUAGCGCGAAUGGAUUGGUUCUGUGCAAGCUUUUGCAGAAGAUCGAGAAGGACGGGCAGAGUUGUGUUCAAGGAUGGCACUCCUCGGCGAAGAUGCGGGUAAUCGCGUUAGGCGAUGACAUCAGCCCGCCGAUUAAGUCAAGUCAAGUAAGUCAUAUAUAA